ACAGGACUCGUCAGUAGUAAAUUGCAAACCCUUGCUGGUGCAAGACUGGUGCAUGGAAUAAGAUAAUAUGUAGGUUAUACAGUAUCUACAAGAAAAUACACCCUCACUAUAAUGUUACUAUAAAACACACAGUGUUAUAUUAAUAGUAAUAUUAUACUGAUAAGUAGUUUAAAAGCUUGGAGCCUAAUAGGGCCACAUGUUUACAUUAUGUACAUUGUUAUAAGGAUAUAAUCAUUCAUUAUUAAUUCAUGCUACAUUCACAAGCUCCUUUAUUCUUGUGUCACAUUUACAAAUUUGUACACUUAAGCGCACAACUAAUGUUUUAGACAGUGGGAUAUGUUCCUAACACCUUUUGCUGUCGUAAUAUAAUAAAAUGAAAUAAAAAAUGUAGUUCAUAUAGUCUAACCCUUUAGGCACAGUGGUCACUGUGAGAAAUCAACAUUUAUGGUAGGGGUCUCCAGUAAUUAAGUUUUUUUGAAAGUCUUCAGGGUAGAGGAAUUUUCUGGUUAUUGGUUUCUCCAUAACAUGACUUUUUUUUUUUUGUCUUAUUAACUUUAAGAGAGAAAAAUCAGGCUGGAGAGGGAAAUCUAACUAGAAACAGUUUAAAAAAGGGGUGACAUGUCGUUAAUUAAUACAUUAAUAAUUGUAAUUGUUGGCAAAUUUCUGUGGUGUAAAAGGAAUAAAACACUGAGGCGUGAGUCAAACCACCCUGGUGUGGAUUUAUUAUCCUAUCUAAUUUUUUAUUAUUAUUACUUACUUUACUUUACUUCAGGUACUGUAGUUACUAGGUGCUGCCGCCUCAGAAAUGUCCUUUGACCCUAAAAUAAUUAGUUGACUACUAAGUAAAUUUAUAUAAAAAAAAUUAAUGGAUUAAUUUCCCCCCUAAUAAAUCCCCCUACCCUAUAGCUAUGCACGUUAUUUUCGAUGCACACAUUAGUUAUUAAGGCUUGAAAAUCCUUUAUACGUUUAUGUCAUGUCAUGUCAUCAUAUGUGCAACGUAAAAAAUAUAAAUAUAGAUAAAUUGAACGCAGCAUACGUUUUAGCUAUACGCAGGCUAAUCUGGGCGCGUGCAGUAGCUGUUUACUUCUUGCUAGCUUGUUGACGCUUUUAACAGACUGCUUUUAAUUGAACUAAUUUAAUCUUCACAAACUUUUAAUUACCUUUUAUUUUACGCUAGCUGUGCUGGGUUUUCGCAUUUAAUCGUCGUUUCCAAGCAUGGUCCACUGAAAAACGAACUUCGGUACUAAAUAUAGCAUAAGAGUAGGUUCUGAAAUAGAAUACAUACUGUGUAGUAUACAUACAUGCUAGUGUGGUUGUGCUCAUUUACUCUUAUCUCUACUCAGUCUGCGUAGCUUGAUCGGUUUUGAAGGCUGGCAUAAAAUACACAGCAGCAUGGCUGACAAUGAAGUGACCACGAGUCAUCAUGCUUAAAUGGAGGUCAUGGAGCCUUCAGAUAUGAAUCUGCCCCUGCUGUCCGAGACGGAAAACCUCCAAGAUGAUGUGAUUUAAUCAGUCCCUUAACCCCACCACUAUCCUCCCUUCCAGCUCUGAAGCAACGUCAGCUCUGGAUGGACACAGAGUGUGGAGUAAGCAGUAACGCUGGGUCACGGGGAACCUGGAGUCUAUCCCAGGGAGCAUCGGGCACAAGGCGGGACGAAUCUUUUUCAGUGAAGCCUUCUGACAGCGUGAGAGACACGGAGCCUCUGUUUGGACGCGAGCUCAUUCCUACAGAGUUAAUGCAGAUUGGCAAUUUCAAGACACACGAGUGUUCGGAGUGCAGAAAAGUAUUCAGGACCACGUACGCUCUCAACAAGCACUUGCUCACCCAUCAGCUGGAAAUAUCUCAUGUCUGUAAUAUCUGCCAGAAAGAGUUUAAACGCCACAAUCACCUCACAAGCCACAUGAUGACUCACCAGAAAAGGAAGGAUUAUCGUUGCUCUCAUCCUGGCUGCCAGAAGAUGUAUUGUGGCUACCACUCACUAAAACACCAUUGUGCCACGCAACAUGGUACAUACCCCCUCCCUCCAUCCUCACAGCCCAGUGCCUUUAACACCCAACCAUGCCCACCUCUGCGGGAGCCUUUAAAGCUUCCUGCAGUAAAUGAUGGUGCAUCGACCUCAGCUGACUAUCAUUCUUACCUCCCUCCACCGAAACCUCAUUUGGCAGAAAAUCUCGACUUGAGCCGCAACCCCAAGGACCCCAACGUAUUUCGAGUAAAGCUUCCUGUGAACUCUAAAGCGUGGAGCCUAGCGGGAGAUGGAGCUUCUUGCAGUUUCGUGACUGCAAAUGACUUGCUGGCAUCUCAUAAUACGGUGAUGUCAAACCAGUGGGUGUCAACUUCAAGUCUUGGGGGUAGUGUGGUGGACCCAGUAGAACCAGAAACAGUCCAUACUUGGGAACGUAACUUGGAUUUUUUAGUAACAAAGGAGGUAAAUGGUACUGGAAUGGGGCGUCAGCCAUCUUCAAUUUGCUCCAGAAGGAAUCGACCCACUUUGUUGAAGCUUAGCAUGCAACAACAUGAACCUCGGAAUAAGCAUGAGGCUCCUCACAUGAGUGGAGAAGCAUCAUGCUCAAAAUCAAAUAUUGCUGGAUCAUCAGCACUCCAGAUGAAACCCAUCAUUCCUCCUUUACCCCCUACACCCAAGACCAAGAAGAAGAGAAUAAGGAAGAAGAACUUGAAGGCUGCCAUUAUUCCCAUCCUUCCUCUACCUUCUCCCAGAUCAACUAGUCAAAGACAAACCAGACCCCACCCUACUUACCUCAUUUCCCCCAGCCAGGUAGCCAUGGCAUCCUUUAGGAAAGAGAGCGCCCCCUCUGACACACUCAAGGGAGGAAGCGCUACUGCAAUGACACGAAAUGGAAGAGAGUCUGGUGAAAGAACAUAUCUAAAAUACCCACCUAGCAGGCAUGCAGAGUCCUCACCUUCACGUCCACAAGUCCCAGCAACCUCCUGCAAGAUGGACCAACAGUUAGUGGACUCAAUCUUUUCAACAAAGGGUGGGCGAGUGAACAUGGCUGGUGAUUGUUACCAGCCGGACCAGGAAGUCCAGCUUUCCCCACUCGUCAUCCCAGUUUCUUUCCCUGUCUCAAGCAAAAAAGCCGCAUUUGACCUAGCCACUGGACAAACAAUCAAGAAGCAGCAGAAUGUCAAACAUCUGUCCUCGACGUCUCGUCAGAUGUCCAGUCUUCUUAGGAGCUUAAUCACACCCAACCUGGCGGCAGGAGGUUACCCGAGUCAGCUGCGUUCACCCACCUACCUCACCGACCACCUGCUGAACAUUGAUCCACCUCCCUAUACUCCACCUCCCAUGCUAAGCCCGCUACGACCAGGAACAGGGCUCUAUUUCAACACCCUACCCCAGUACCAGCCUUGCCUGCCACCACCUAGCAUCUAUUCUGCUCCCCCGGAUGGUCAAGACGAGAUCUCUUUAAUCUUGGAUAAUACAGUCGUCAGUAUAAAACCAAAGAUCAAUGUAGGUUCACGUUUCCAAGCUGAGAUCCCUCCACUGCGCAAUCCUUUGCUUAUUCUGUAUGAUGAGCACCCUGCUCAGCUUGUCUGGGCUCCAUGUGGAGACCUGUCCACUAAUCCCAAGACACAGCAGAAGGUUACAGAAUUCCUAGACAUGUGCUGUUCCAGUGUGCUACCAGGAGGGGGCACAAACACCGAACUUGCACUUCACUGUCUGCAUGAAGUCCAAGGAGAAAUUCUAGCUGCACUGGAUUUGCUCUUAGUUAGAGGAGAUUAUUGGACUUCCUGUCACCCACUAAAUGACUAUCAUUACACAGGGUCUGACCACUGGACUUCUCAGGAGAUGAGACUCUUCCGGAAAGCUCUGCUCAGUCACACCAAGGAUUUUCAGUUAAUUCAUAAAGCGUUACAGACCAAAUCAGUGGCCCAGUGUGUGGAGUAUUAUUACACCAUGAAGAAGCUGAAGAAGUUCAAGCAGCGGUACGGAGAAAUAGAAAACACAGAUGGCGCUGGAAUGAAUUCUGGUCGCGGGGGAACCUGGAGCCCAUCCCAGGGAGCAUUUGGCACAAGGCGGGGUACACCCUGGACAGGGUGCCAAUCCAUCGCAGGGCAUCAAAAAGUUAAACAAUAAAGACAAUUUUUCACAGACUUCUUUGCUCAUAUUUACCAAGGGUGCCAAUAUUAAUGGAGGGCACUCUAUGGAGUCUGUAAUCUAAUUGUAGCAUAUGACAAAUGCUUGCUCUUGCUUGAGCUUACUGUAAAUCAAUACUUUAAAACCUUGGGUGUUAGGAGUCUCACAGUGCCACAGAUGAGCAGUAGAAUGAUAAAACUGGAGCCAGGAAAUCUUUAAACACACUAAAGGGAAUGCUUCUAUGCCAUCCUGCCAAAAACUGGGAAUAUACCUGUGAGGAGUAUGGCAGGUUCUGCUCUACAGUAUGCUGUAUAUUUUCCAUUCUAGUAUACAUUUUCUUUUGGUGUCUUAAGGUUAAUCAUAUACACAUUACCUCAAAAUAUGUAUGUGUAUUUUUCAGGGGUUUUCAUAAGACAAAUAUUCACAGUGCUCAUAUGAAAACCCAUCGGCAGCAGGAGAGAGAGAGGGUUUUAUCAUGUGUGCACAGCUUGUCCCAGGAGGCAGGGUCAAGGAGCAGACAGGUUAGAGGUCAGUCGUAGUCUUGCCAAUGUUUGAAAGAUCUGUGCCCAUAUGGACCAUCAGAAUAGGGGUUUGGUUUGACCUCAAUCUGUGAUCUUAAUCUAUAAUCAAUCGUAUAUUAGAAAUUAGUGACACCGGUCAGUUUAAUUUUAGAAGUUAAAUCAAAAUAUUUUCAAAUGUAAGACAAUAUUUUGAAAAGCCAUGUGAUUCACGUUAUAUCAGUUUUUAAAAUGACCUGUUUUUGUUCAAAUAUCCAAGUUUUCAU